AUGUCCCAGUACAACGUCCACGCCGGCGCAUCUCUCGGCAACGGCGCUCAGGGCCUCUCCUCGCCCAUCUCUCCGCCUGCCCCAGCGACCGCCGCCUCGUCCACUCAACCGCCUACCUCGAACCCGCCCGGCCAGUCUCAGUCUGCCCAGCACAAGCGCGUCUACCAGGCAUGUAUCCCCUGCCGUCGGCGCAAGGUCCGCUGCGACCUCGGCUCCGUCGACAACCCACACGAUCCACCCUGUGUGCGCUGCAGGCGUGAGUCCAAGGAGUGUUACUUCAGUGCCACCCGCCGUAAGAGAAAGACCGACGACGGCUACGAGGAGGGCGGGUCUAUCGAUGACGAUGACUACAUCGUCCGUAACGGCCGCAAGAGGCUGCAUGCGAGCGGAUCCCCGCCUCCGAUAGACAAGAGGCUCUUCAGUGACACCCCUCUCACCCCCGGCGGUUCCAUGGGUCGGAACCAGCCUCUGCGACGCCCCGGAGAACAUGGAUAUAGCUAUGACGACUCGAGGAGCUCGACGGCUGCCCCUAUCGCAACGUCGCGGCGGACAACUGAUCAGUUCGGCGCCGACGAGCCCAACACACCCCUCGAGAACUUCGAGGCUAGAACUGUCAUGAGGAAGGGUGUAUAUGGCCCGCAUGAUGCACUGGACCUACUAUACAAGGCCGCCACAGACAAUAACAAUAUCGGCAGCAAGAUCGAGGGUUCACAUUUGCAGUCGACAAUGUCUACGGCCCACUCGUCUCGUUCUCAGGAUCCUGCGGUCUCUGCGGCUCCACAAGGCAGCGACAGGAGGGAUCAUGCACGACAGACGUCCAGACCAGCCGGCACUAUGGACGCACCCAUUGAUCCUAUGCUGACCAAGACCGACCCCGCGGAUGAACCUGGUUAUGCUGAAGCUUUGAAAGCUUGGGCACGCUUCAGGUUUGUCAGGGCUGGAUGGUUCACGGCCCAGGAGGCUAUCGACUAUAUAGACUACUAUUAUGAAUAUCUUUCACCAUUGACCCCGAUCUCACCGCCUACCUUCCGCAAUCCGGCAUCCCACUAUACUCUCCUGACUGAGGAGCCUAUCUUGACGGUGACACUCUUGACCAUCGCCUCAAGAUAUCGCCGUAUGCCGGGCACCGGCGGCCACUGCCGGUCACAUGCCAUUCAUGAGCAGCUUUGGACAUACCUGCGCGGCAUGAUUGAGCGGGUGGUCUGGGGCCAGGAAGCCUUCGGAGGUGGGUUCUGCGGUUCAGGUGGCAGCGCAGACGAAACCCAGACCUCGAGCACGGCGCCCUGGCGUGGUCUGCGCAAAGGAAGCUUGCGCACAUUGGGCACUAUAGAGUCACUGAUGAUACUCACUGAAUGGCACCCUAGAGCACUUCACUUUCCCCCGGCGGAAGCCAUCGACGAACUGUUACUGCCUACAUUUGAUCCUCGAGAUAGCAUCAUGACAGAUGAUGAUGGUAAUCAGCGGCCAGUUGCCUUUGUCGGUGGCAGGCGAAUCGAAAGCUGGCUGGAGCCUGCAUGGAGGAGCGACCGUAUGUGCUGGAUGCUGCUCAGCACAGCAAUGGGCCUUGCAUAUGAGCUAGGUGUUUUCGACGAUAUUGAUGAAAUGCUUGCUGCAGGAGCUAUAACGCGCCCCGAGUACGAGGAAGAGACAUAUCGCAUUCGAGCUUAUCGCAUCAAGAGAUUGUUGUUGAUAUACUUGACACAGCUAGCAGGUCGGCUUGGAUGGACUAACAUGGUCCCUGAGAAUCUUCGCAAGACUGACCCAGCAGCCUCGCGCCGACGACCAACCUCCACCGAGGGCACGACACCUGGCACGAAUUUAUCAUCCGUGUCCAAUGCAUUCAACUACAUUCCAGAUCUAGAACUCGACGAUCAAAUCAUCCAUUGCUGGGCAGGUAUCAGCAACGCCAUGCAUUUGGGUAAUGAGAAGCUCUUCAGAUCGAGGAAGCAUACCACCGACAUCAUUCAGAGCGGCAAGUAUAUUGGCCACCUAAAGGAGCUUCAGCCGCUGCUUCGCGAAUGGUGGAAGGAAUUCGAGCGCUUCCGUCUACCACCAUACAUCCGACACAUCCUCACCAUCGAAUACGAAUACGUGCGCAUCUACAUCAAUUCUUUGUCUCUUCAGGCGGUUGUGGAGCGAUGUACUAGUAACGCUGUGGGCACAUCUGCCACUGCCCCUGCAGCUACAGGCUCAACUAAUUCUGCGCCACAGUUGAGCCCACAAACCCAGCUAUACUACGGCAAGCUACCUCUGGGACAGCUUGGCGGCUUCGGCGCCGCAGAUCAGGAAUGUAUCAGGGAAGUUGUAGAGGGCAGUCGAAAUCUGCUACGCACUGUGGUUGAGGGGCUGCUCCCUGGAGACUACCUCAAGCACGCGCCUGUUCGAACGUACUUCCGCAUAAUUAGCGGUGCCAUGUUUCUUCUCAAGACCUUCGCUCUCGGAGCCACAAAGUCCGACGUCGAGCUGUCUAUCGGACUCAUGGAUAGAACUGUAGACGCCCUGCGGAACUGUGUUGUAGAUGAUGUUCAUCUUGGUAUCCGCUUUGCUGAUCUUCUGGAGAACCUGACUAGCCGCUUGCGCAAUAGGUUCAUCCAUGCACCGCCGCCACCGAGCUCGAUGCAGACGGUGUCCAAUGACGGUAGAAGCCCCAAUCCGGAGGGUAAGCCGGAGCUGGCUAUCUCUGGUAUGAAUGGUCACGGCCACACUGCGGUGCAGACCAACGGUCAGGAGCAAGCUUGGUCAAAGCUUAGGGAAAGCAUCAAUGGCCAGGAACGUUCCAGCACACCAGCCAACGUCUCCGCCACACCAUUCGACCUCACAACAGGCAACUUCCCAUACCCAUCCGGCUCAACGUCCAUGUUCGGUCCAUCCACGCCAGCCGCGGCGGCCGGCAUGGCCCCAGACAACCAUAUCGGCGGGGGCCAGAACAACAACGCCGCGCUGCCCGACAACAUCUUCGGCGACUCGGACUGGAACAACCCGGGCAACGAGAUGUGGUACCUGCCCCCGGGGCCGGCCUUCUUCCAGAACCUGGGCGCGGCCUCGAACGGCGCCAACAUGGCCGCCGAGAGCGUCGGCGUCGGCGAGCUGGACUUGCUGGACUACAUGGCUAUGGACCAGUUUCCCGGCAUGGACGGGAAUCACUUCUAG